AUGGUGAAACUCGCCAACCCUCUGUACACGGAGUGGAUUCUGGAGGCCAUACAGAAGAUCAAGAGGCAGAAGCAGCGGCCCUCGGAGGAGAGGAUUUCCCACGCGGUGGGCACGUCACACGGACUGGACCGGAAGACUGUCCUAGAGCAGUUGGAUUUAAGCGUUCACGAUGGUUCUAUUCUCAAGGUUACCAACAAGGGGAGCACCUCGUACAAGGACCCCGGGAGCGCUGGGAGAGCCGGGUCAAUCCUGCCUCCCGUCUCACCAGUUCCGUCCAAGGAGUCUCUAUGGAGUUCCAGUGAUCUCCGACACCUGGAUUGGAAUAAGAUCCUUCGCAGGGCCAUUGAGGGCCUGGACGACACGCACGGUUCCUCACUCAAGAACAUCGAGCGGUACCUUCGGAACCAGGAUGACCUCGCCGAGGCGGCCGACAACCCGGCCUUCCGCCAGCGGUUGCGGCUGGCGGCCAGGCGCUCUGUCAACAGUGGCAGGCUGUUCAAAAAUGGCCCGCGGUACCAGCUUGGUGGGCGAGGAGGCACGGAGGGAAGGAUGCCCAGGUGGUCUUUAGCCACCCCUUUGCUGUUGACCUCGGUGACGCUCCUGCCCCAUGAGCGAGAACAGCUCCGGGUGGACCCCAUCCCAAUAUGCAGUUUUUGUCUCGGCACAAAAGAGUCCAACCGGGACAAGUGUCCGGAAGAACUCCUGUCUUGCGCCGACUGUGGGAGCAGCGGGCAUCCCUCGUGUCUAAAGUUCUCUCCCGAGUUGACCAAUCAUGUGAAGCGAUUACGAUGGCAGUGCAUCGAAUGCAAAACAUGCAGUUCCUGCCGAAUACAGGGAAAGAAUGCAGACCAGAUGCUCUUCUGUGAUUCUUGUGACCGGGGCUUCCACAUGGAGUGCUGCGACCCGCCGAUUUUCAGAAUGCCAAAAGGGACGUGGUUGUGCCAGGUCUGCAGGCCCAAGGAGAACGCAAAGAAGCUGCUUCACAGAAAAGCCGACGAGAUCAAACGCCGAUAUGCAAAACCCAUCGGAAGGCCCAGGAAUAAGCUCACGCAACGAAUGUGUCUAAGCAGUGGUGAUGGCUCCAUGGUGGCACUCGGAGGAAGGGGGUCACCUGGUAGGGGUCCGAAGUUUAGCGUGUGUACCUCAUCCGGUCAUGCUGCAUCUUGGAAGGACGCCAGAAGCAGCUUGACUGUUCCAGACGCCACCCAAUUUACCAUCCCAACCCCCACCUCCACCACCACCACCGUCACUCCCCUCCUCACGCCCUCUUUCGCCACUCCUGCUACGCUUGGCGUUAACAGGAAAACCAAAGGGCUCUUCGAUGGGCUUUCCAAAUUCUUCACCCCUUCCCCCGUGGGGCGUCGCUCGCGAGCCGUAGCCGCAGAGUCGCCCGCCAACAAUCGGUUAGGCUCUAGGGACGAUGCUGGUCACAAGAUAGCGCCCCCGUCUGCACCCCCCGCCCCCAUUCCGACGUCGCCGGGAUUUAGCCCGCCCUCGCAGUUGUCCAGCGGCUCCACAUCGGCUAACUCGCCCCAAAGCUCUUCCAGCCAGUCUAGUGUUCCCUCCCUGGGUAGCCUCUGCAGUAGCAGCCAGCUCAAGGGACUGUUUGACGGACUCUCGCACAUUUACGCCACUCAGGGACAGUCGCGGAAAAAGAGGCGAGCGUGCUACACGCCGCCCAAGCGAACGCAGCAAAAGCGGGAAUCACCUCACGCGUCCAAUGCGCAGCCCCAGCGCCUCGGCAAAAGCGAGUUUAGUAAAAACCGGCUCAGCUCCACGUCGGCCGGGCCGGGCCGACCCAGAGGACACGCUUUUAAGCUAGUCAGUCAUUUCAAGCGCAACCCCUUCCUUAAAAAACACAGGACGCUAGGCAGGCUGAGAUAUAAAGUGAGCCCCCCAAAGGGAGCCCCCUCGCCAGGCAAGGUUGACUUGACUGACGGAGGAGUUAAACCAGAGAGUAACCAUGGCCACAACGGGGAACUGCGGUUAAAGAAGGAAACUCGCGCCAAUUCAGCAGCCAUGUCCGGUGCGCACGUGACCGACGAGGAUGUGCAGAUGUUCAGGAGCGUUCGAGAAGUUGCUUCGCAGAGAACUGGUUGUCAAAGGAACACUGACUCCACACGUUGUCCAGUUGUCAUAGAAUUUGGAAAGUAUGAAAUACAAACCUGGUAUUCAUCACCGUACCCGCCUGAAUAUUCAAGAUUACAAAAGCUUUAUCUGUGCGAGUUCUGUCUAAAGUACAUGAGAAGCAAAAACAUCCUCCAGAGGCACACAAAGAAGUGUGGCUGGUUCCACCCGCCAGCAAAUGAGAUCUACCGAAAAGACGGCCUCUCUGUCUUUGAGGUUGACGGAAAUGUCAGCAAACUGUUCUGCCAAAACCUCUGCCUCUUAGCCAAGCUUUUCCUGGAUCAUAAGACAUUGUAUUACGACGUGGAGCCGUUCCUUUUCUACAUCCUCACAAAGAACGACCACAAAGGCUGUCAUCUUGUGGGCUAUUUCUCCAAGGAAAAGCUUUGCCAGCAGAAGUACAACGUCUCCUGCAUAAUGAUUAUGCCUCAGUACCAACGGCAAGGAUUUGGACGCUUCCUUAUUGAUUUCAGUUACCUUCUCACCAGGCAAGAAGGACAAGCUGGCUCCCCUGAGAAGCCGCUGUCAGAUCUGGGUCGCUUAUCCUACCUGGCGUAUUGGAAAAGUGUCAUCCUGGAGUACCUUUAUAGGCAGCCGGAUAAACACAUCAGUGUUAAAGGCAUAAGCAGAGCCACGGGAAUGUGUCCUCACGACAUCGCCGCCACUCUGCAGCACCUCGGCAUGAUUGACAAACAGGAUGGACGGGUCGUACUGGUCCGCAGAGAGCGACUCAUCCACCGUCACAUGGAAAAACUGCGGGCAGAUCGACGUCGUCACGAGGUGGACCCCGAUGCCUUGCGCUGGACGCGCGCCACUUCGCCCAACGCCGUCCUUUCCGAGGAGGAGAGGGAAGCGGAGAUGGAUGAUGAACAGCUGAAGAGCUGCUGGGAAAAAGAAGAGCAAGCGGCGACUAACAAACGCAGACAAACGCUCACUAAGAUGCACUGCAAAGUGCCCUACAGGACGUACGAGCGGCGCUACGCUCCAUCGUGGAGCAGACGUAUCCAACGGCCGCAACUCAUCACCGAUGAGGAAGAAGCGGGUGACGACGUAGACUCCGACGGCUCGCCGCCUGCCCUCGCGAAAGCGCACGCCGUGCUAGCGGCUAAGCGAAAGAGGAGCAUUGCGCUGAAGAAGCGGGGCCGUAAGAGAAAGAGAAUUAACAGCAGCGUCACAACAGAGACCAUCUCCGAGACCACCGAGGUGCUAAACGAGCCAUUCGACAACUCUGAGGACGAGGACCCCAUGCCGCUAUUGAAGCGCUCUUGCAGCGUGAGCGCCAUGGAAGAAGAGGAUGAAGAAGACAACAAGAGCCAGAUUCUGGCACCUGUUAAACGGCGGAGAGGUCGACCCAGGCUCAGGGAGAAGGCUCAGAGAGAAGAUCUUCAACACUGGAAUGAAGGUUCUGACAUUCUCUCCAAGAGACCCACCAGACCUCGUCCAGUCAAACGAAAGAAAGGCUGGCCCAAGGGAGUUAAACGAGGUCCCCCUAAGUGGCGCCUGAAGAACGAGCGAAAAAUGGGCUUCAAGCUGAACCUUUACACACCGCCCGAAACGCCAAUGGAGGCGGAGCAGCACCACACACAGGCAGAGGAGGCGCAAGGAGAACCGGACCGUGAGGUUGACGGCGGAAGGCCGGCCAGACGUUCGUCCAGAGUACCUUUCCAGUCCGAGCCCCCUAGCCCGGCUGACCGCUCGCUGAAGUCCAGUUCACCCGUUGGCUCGCCUGCCCCCUCUCCUGUUGCUGCGUCCCCUAGCAACAAAGAGGGCGAUGAUUCUCCAGAGCAUCGAGAUGAUGAACAACAAGAAAGUGAGCACGAACUGGACUAUCAGACCAAAGAUGCAAAGUGCAGCGUUGAAGUUGCUGCGUCACCCUAUAAUCACAAGAAGGAGGAGGAGGAGGAACAGAUGACAAGAAGAGAGGUGGAUGAUGAUGAUGGUGAAGGCAUCAAGAAGCCAGCAGAGGCAGAGAGCAAUCAGUCGGCGGUGCCACAAAGUUUUAAAGAAAAACCUGAAUGUUUUUUAGACCCCCAAGAAGAAGACGGUGACAUUAUGUCAAGUCAGCAGCUUUCUAUAGAAGACAAAGCCACCGUCUUGCAAGAAAGUAUUCAGUAUGCAGAGGCAGAAACAAAUGAAGCGUCGCCACCCCCUGCCGUCGAAGCGCUGUCUUCAGGAGCAGCUGCAGAUUCGGAUAAUGCCGCAGAGUCAGAGUCUGAAGAGGAGAAUGCGGCCAGUCCUCGAGAAGGUCCCGCCCCGCAACCACCCGUCAAGAGACCGCCCGUCAGUCCCGCGGUCAAGGACGGUCCCCCGAUCUGCACAGAGUUCGACUCUGAGACUGCGCAGGCUGUUCAGUCCCUGACGCAAGAGAGUGAGCAGGAAACGCUGUUCCAGGAGUGCGCUGAGAGCCGGGAACCCUGUAGGAACUUACACACCUACACUCCUGUCACCCCGCUGGAAGACUGCCCCCAGUCCGAUCACAGCAGCCCACUUUCAUCGGCCCAGUCACAUCCCAGCCAGUCGGUGCGCUCCGUCAGCAGCCCGGCCGUGUCCAUCCUGGAGACCGGCUACCCGCAAAUCAGCCCCGACCACAGUGCCAUCUCUGUCCCAUCCAUCCACAACAUGGAGACCAGCCCCAUGAUGGACGUGCCGUCCGUGUCAGACCACUCACAGCAGGUGGUGGACAGCGGCUUCAGCGACCUGGGCAGCAUCGAGAGCACGACGGAGAACUAUGAAAACCCAAGCAGCUACGACUCCACCAUGGGGGGUAGCAUCUCCCAGGGCAGCUGCCCCUACGGGGGCAUGCCGCCAAGCGGACUGGCUCAGAGCAGCUGCGCCGUGAGCCAGCAAAUGGCGGCCGUGAACCCGGGCGGCUGCGGCUUGAUUCCGCAAAACAGCCUGAGUUCUCCGCCGCACUGCAAUGUCAAGUCACCGCAGGGUUGCGUGGUGGUGGUGGAGCGGCCCCCCAGCGCCAACCAGCACAGCCAGCGCGGCACGCACAGCCAAGCGCAUGGCAGGCACGGCCCCCACAAUCAGCACAGCCAACACAAUCAGCACGGCCCCCGCAAUCAGCUCAGCCAGCACUCGCAACACAAUCCCCUCAACCAGCAUAGUCACCACCACAAUCACCACCUGCAGCACAAUCAGCUCAGCCAGCACAAUCAGCACACGUCGCAUAACCUCCACAAUCAGCACGCCGUGCCGGACGGCGCCACCCAGUGCGCCAUUCCCGCCAACUUUGCCGCCGCCGUGCAGCUGCCCGACAUCCCGGAGUCGGGCAAUCCCAACUUCGCCCUCUACGAGAGGAUCAACCACCAGAGCGAGUACGCCGGCGGGCACUACCCGCAGUCGUCCGGCCUCAGCCUGGCCAAGCUGCAGCAGUUCACCAACACAUUCAUCGAGCACCCCCACUCGCUACCCUUCAACCACUCGGCGUCGCACCCCAUCACGUCGUACGCUAACACCCCCUCGCAGCACUCCGGCCUGGUGUCCCUGUCGCAGACACCGCACCGUGUUCCUAACCCCCAGGUGCAGGCCGCCAUGACGCCGCCCCCCAGCCUUGGUUCGCCACCGGCCGUGAUGCUCCAGCGCAACAUGGGCAUCCCGCCGGCGCAGCGUAUCCAGUCUCAAGUGGCGGGCAAGACUCACGUGUCGGCGCGCUCAAAGUCGGCGCCGCUAGCGCACCACCACCAGCACCAGCAGCAGAUGUACGCGCGGCAGCCCCAGGGCGUGGCCAUGCAGGCGCCGACCCGAACUCUGGCGGGCAUGCAGCGCAUGAACAUGAGCGUUAACAUCAUGCCGGCGCCGGCCUACAACUCCAUGAACAUGCCCUCGCUCAACCCUAUGAACGGUUACGGCAUGAGCCAGCCCAUGAUGAACAGCGGCUAUCACGGCAACCACGCCGCCUAUAUGAACCAGUCGCCCCAGUACUCUAUGCAGAUGGGCAUGAUGGGAACGCAGCCAUACCCCCAGCAGCCCAUGCAGGCGCCGCCGCACGGCAACAUGGUGUACACUCCGGCCGGUCACCAUGGCUACAUGAACACGGGCAUGUCCAAGCAAUCGCUCAAAGGGCCUUUCAUCAGGCGGUAG